AUGGCCCCCCGACCAGAUCAUCCUCAAACACUCGCAGAACGCCUCUACUUCCUAGACGUGGGCAUCUCGACCUCCGAGCUCAAUGGCCGCCUUCUCACCUGCAAGCCUGACGGCUCGGACCUUUGCGAGCUGAUCACGCAAAUCAACACCAUGCCCGACGGCAUCACCAUCGACGCAACCCACCAGCACAUCUACUGGACCAACAUGGGCGUCCCCUCCGCCAACGACGGCUCGAUUCAACGCUGCGAUCUAUCAGGAAACAAUAUCGUCAGCGUCAUCCCCAAGGGCUACACCCACACACCCAAGCAGCUCACCAUUGCCCCCCGGUCCAGGAAGCUGUACUGGUCCGAUCGCGAAGGCGGAAGGGUCAUGCGGGCGAGUCUGGACGGAAGUGGCGUCGAGGUUCUCUAUCGAGCGACUGAGAGCCAGGGCACAGACAUACCGGCUGUUUACGACUGGUGCGUGGGCAUUGCGGUUGACGAGGAGGCGGGGAAGGUGUAUUGGUCGCAGAAGGGGCCGUCGAAGGGGAACCACGGCCGGAUAUUCCGGAUGGGGAUUGACUUGAAGGAGGGUGAGUCACCGGAGAGGAGGACAGAUGUUGAAUGUCUUCUGGACGGGCUGCCGGAGCCCAUUGAUUUGGAGUUGGACCACGCUUCAAGGACGCUGUAUUGGACGGAUCGGGGCGAUCCGCCUCGAGGCAACACGGUCAAUUCGGUGGUGCUGGCAGAUGGAUCGGGGAAGAAGCUGGAGCCGAAGAUCUUAGUGCGCAAGCUUCAUGAGGGCAUUGGCAUUGCAUUGGACUUGAAGCAUGGUCGCAUGUUCUUUGGCGAUCUGGGAGGCUCGUUGUACAGUGCGAAUCUGGAUGGGUCCUGCAAGACCACCAUCUUGCCUGAUGUUGGGGGUGCCAUCACCGGAAUGGCGUAUGUG